GUCAAAUUUUUUUUUCCACCGUGCUCAGAAAAUUAAUCAUUCGGAAAUUGGAAUCGGAUAUCGUUUACUCAUCAUAAUGAUAAAAAUCAAAUGUUUGGAUAGUGUUUAUUUUGUUGAUGUCUAAUUAAUGAAAAUGAAUCUGAAUGGUCGAAUUGUUGUAUAGCUAAGAAGAGAAACUUAACAUUCCUGUGUUUUUUGAGAUAUAUUGUUACUACCCAUUUCCACUAUGUCUCGCCAAAUGGUAGUUAAUCUCAACAAUGAGAGAAAAAUUGCUGAAAAACUGAUUAUUCUUAAUGAUAGAGGUAUUGGAAUGCUCACCAGGAUUUACAACAUCAAAAAAGCCUGUGGUGAUGCCAAAUCCAAACCAGGAUUUCUGUCUGAUAAGAAUUUGGAGUCCUCUAUCAAAAGUAUUGUUCGAAGAUUUCCUACCAUCGAAUCUAAGACAUUGAUGAAUAUCAACAGCAUAAAGAAUGAAAUAAUUAAGUCUCUCUCCCUAUAUUAUUACACAUUCGUUGAUUUACUGGAACUCAAAGAUAAUAUUUGUGAACUUUUAACUAUGAUGGAUGCUUUUCAAGUUGAAUUAGAUAUAACUGUGAAUUUUGAAUUGACUAAAGGUUACUUAGAUCUGGUAACUAUUUAUGUCUCUCUGAUGAUAUUAUUAUCAAGAGUAGAAGAUCGAAAAGCAGUCUUGGGAUUAUUCAAUGCUGCCUAUGAAAUUGUGAACAAUGCAAGUGAUCCCAGUUUUCCACGUUUGGGCAGCAUGAUCAUGGACUAUGAUGUUCCAUUCAAAAAGUUGUGUGAGGAAUUUGUCCCUCAUUCAAAACUACUCUAUUCAGCUCUGAAUUCAAUCACUCCAAUUUAUAUAGCUAGAAACGUAUCUGCUGUUAAAUGGAGAGAAGAGCAGAAAUUAACAUUAGUUGGAAAUCCAGGAAUGCUGUUAAAGCCAAUCCAAGCUGAAAAGACAAGUUGUGAGUUUUUAUCUUUGGAUACCAUGGAGAGAUGGGUUGUAUUUGGUUCAUUAUUACUACACUCUAAUCUGCAAAAAGAAAAUAACAUAGCAUGGACUAAUGCUCUCGAAUCAUCUUGGGUAAUACCACUUUUUAGAGAUGAAGUUCUACAUAUCCAUCAGUAUAUCCUAUCAUUUUUUGAUGGUAUUAAAGGUUAUAGUAAGAGAAUAGCAGAAGUUAAAGAAUGCUUUAAUCAAGCAGUUCAAAAAGCUGGUUAUCAGCAUAGAGAAAGAAGAAAAUUCUUACGCACAGCUUUAAAAGAGUUAGGGUUAAUUCUGACUGAUCAACCUGGUUUGCUGGGACCUAAAGCUCUCAUGGUUUUUCAAGGUUUAUGUUAUGCUAGAGAUGAGGUGCUAUGGUUACUGAGACAUUAUGAUAAUCCUCCACAACAGAAAAAUAAAGGUAAAUUUACUGAUGAUCUAGUUGAUAGGCAUUUACCUGAGUUGUUAUUCCACAUGGAAGACCUAAGGGUUCUGGUCAGAAAGUAUAGCCAAGUUAUGCAAAGAUAUUAUGUACAAUACUUGGCUCACUACGAUGCUAUAGAAUUAAAACUGAUUAUUCAAAAUCUAACAAUGUGCCCUGAAGAAGAGAGCAUCAUUUUAUCUUCUUUGUGCAACACCAUCUCAAAUCUAUCUGUGAAACAAGUUGAGGAAAAUGAAACAUUCAACUUUUUUGCUUUCCGAUUAGACUGGUUCAGACUUCAAGCCUUUAUUUCCCCAGCGAAAGUGCCAUUACAAAUAAUGAAUCAUAAAGAUAUGGCACAAUUCAUGGACACAGUACAAUUCCAUACAAAAAUGGUUGAUAAUUUGGAUGAAAUGCUGAUUGAAACGUCAGACUUGUCCAUAUUUUGCUUCUACAGCAGAAUUUUCGAGGAUCAGUUUCAUAUGUGUUUAGAAUUUCCAGCACAAAAUAGAUAUAUUGUUGCUUUUCCAUCAAUUUGCAGUCAUUUUCAAAACUGCACACAUGAUCUAUGCCCUGAGGAACGACAUCAUAUAAGAGAAAGAAGUUUGUCAGUGGUAAACAUGUUUCUUGAUGAAAUGGCCAAAGAGGCUAAAAAUAUAAUUACCGCCAUCUGUGAUGCACAAUGUAAAAUGAGUGACAAAUUGCUGCCGAAAAACUGUGCUCAAUUGAUUUCUGCACAACUUCAGAAAAAGAAGAAAGAUAAAAAUAAGAAAAAUAUCAUUGAAUUUGAAAGACCCGGUAAAGAAAGUUACAGAAAAACUAGAGAAAAUUUAACAACCAUGGACAAAUUGCAUAUGGCAUUGACUGAACUUUGUUAUUCGAUAAAUUAUUUCUCAAACAUUAAUGUUUGGGAAUAUACAUUUGCCCCUAGAGAAUAUUUACACCAACACCUAGAAACUCGAUUCUCGAAAGCUCUUGUAGGAAUGGUGAUGUAUAAUCCAGACACAAACGAAAUUGCAAAACCUUCCGAGUUACUUGUCAGUGUUAGAGCGUACAUGAAUGUAUUACAAACCGUAGAGAACUACGUUCACAUUGACAUAACAAGGGUUUUCAAUAAUUGUUUGCUACAACAGACUCAACCAUUGGACAGUCAUGGAGAUAAAACAAUUGCUGCUAUAUACACUCAAUGGUACUCUGAAAUCCUGCUUCGCAGAGUUAGCGGAGGUAACAUUAUUUUUUCUAUGAACCAACGAUCUUUUGUGAGUUUAACAGUGGAAGGAUCAAUUCCAUUCAAUCCAGAGGAAUAUUCGGAUGUUAAUGAAUUACGUGCUCUGGCAGAACUUAUCGGGCCCUAUGGAAUGAAACAACUAAAUGAGACAUUGAUGUGGCAUAUAGCAAGCCAAGUAAUUGAAUUGAAAAAACUCGCAGAAACAAACAAAGAAGUAUUGUUAGCAUUAAGAACAAAUUUUGACAAACCAGAAGUUAUGAAAGAACAGUUCAAAAAAUUAACUCAUGUUGAUAAUGUCCUUCAACGUAUGACAAUUGUUGGUGUUAUUCUGAGUUUCAGAGACUUGGCACAAUCGUGUCUGACAGAUGUACUUGAACAGAGGAUCCCGUUUUUAUUGAGCUCAAUAUUUGAUUUCCGACAUCAUCUACCAACUGGUGAUCCCAUGAAGGUUGUAAGUGAAAUGACAUCAGCAGCUGGUUUGCCUUGUAAAGUGGACCCUUCUCUCGUUAAUGCUAUCAAUGCACAAAAAAGUGAGGUUGAAAGUACCGAGGAUCACUUGCUAGUAUGUUUACUUAUGGUGUUUGUCGCUGUUUCAAUACCAAAACUGGCAAAAUCCGAGCAGUCAUUCUAUAGGGCUUCUCUUGAAGGUCACACUAAUAACAUACAUUGUAUAGCACUGGCAGUAAACUAUAUGUUCGGUGCAUUAUUUACUAUCUGCAAUCAAGGAGAUAUUGAGGAUAGAAUGAAAGAAUUCCUAGCUUUAACUUCCUCUAGUUUAUUGAGACUUGGACAAGAAGCUGACAAAGAAGCCAUUAAAAAUAGGGAAUCUGUUUAUUUGCUGUUAGACCAGAUUGUACAAGAAUCCCCUUUUCUAACCAUGGAUUUAUUAGAAUCAUGUUUCCCAUAUGCUCUAAUCAGAAAUGCCUAUCAUGCUGUUUAUAAGCAAGAACAAUUAUUAGCCUAGACAUGUAUUUUAUGUUUUUUAUAUUGUUUAAAGUAUUUAUAUAUUUUUAUUUAUGAAUUUAACUCUUUCAAACCAAUGAUAUCAUAAUUGAUUGUUGAGUCUGAAAGGAAGAUAGAAAAUCACAAAAACUUAUUGGUUUUUGGUAGAAAAAUAAAACUAUAUUUCAAUAGAAUGCAAAUUGCUACAUUAGAAAUCUUAGAACUGAAUAAUUUGUACAACUUUUUUGUCCCAGUGAAAAAAUAAAAUUUUCGAUUGGUGCAAAAAUUAUUGAUUGGCCAAAGAAAAUUUGAAUGCAAGUGAAAUAAAAAUUGCAAUACUUAUAUUGUCACAUAACAUCUCUAUAUGCAAAUAUUUCAGUGUAAAUGGGUUCUAACUAUGUAAAAUUUCUAGGGGAAGUUAGGCAUACCCUCAAAAAACCAAUUAAUUUCUGUAAAAGAGAAAAAAUGUUGUAUCAACUACUAAUUGAAUGAAAUUUUUGCCAAUAUAUAAUGUAAAUUUCAUAUUCAUUUUUUUUAUAUUUAAGAACUAGAUAAUAAUUAUGAUAUUAGUAUUUACUAUUUAUGUCAAUAAUUUAAAAUUCCAUUGUUUUUCAUAUAUACUUUUAGAAUAAAACAACACUUUAUUAGUA